AUGGCUGGACCGGGAGGGGGCCCGCCACGUAAGAGCCAUACCAAGUCGCGCAAAGGGUGCAAGACUUGCAAGAAACGUCACAUCCGCUGCGACGAGCAGUUUCCCCAAUGCCGAAACUGCACCAAACAUAACUGCCGAUGUGACUAUAUGGACAUGCCAGCUGCGGGAGAAGAUCGCCUGAUGGGAUCCCAACCUCCAGACCUUCUCAUGUCCCCAGACCUACAACAUCGACUCGACAAGUGGCGUAUCACUGGGGAGUCUCCUCUGGCCGAACUACAGGUUGGAGACACAAUAUACUGGACACGAUUUUCCACGAUUGACUUGCGCCUUAUUCACCACAUUGUGACAUUGUCGACCGACAUGUAUCGCAGGGGAUAUAGCACUUGUACCGUUUGGGGACUGAAAAUGGACUCGCUCAUUUCUGUGGCUCUGUCUCACGACUUCACCAUGAGCGCUCUGCUUGCUUUGUCGGCGUCUCAUCUUGCAUGGCAGACGAAAAAUGCGGAUACAGACAACCUGGCGUAUCACCAUCGAGGAGUGGCUCUCAAGGGUCUCCAUGAAGCCAUUGGAAUGUUUUCCAGAGAGAACUCUGAGGCGAUUCUUGCAACUUCUAUCAUGCUGUCAUGGCAAUCGACAGACUGGCGAGGCUGGGCGUCGUUGCAGCAAGGCAUCUCGACGGUGCUGAGCGCCAUGAGACAAUGGUUGCACGAGUCUGAUUUAGCCAAAUACCUUGAAUCUCAGCGGGCAAUGGCACGAGCGAGGAUUGCAGCCCCCCCGGCUCUGUCGCAUUCCCAACUUGCCAUACCACAUGAAGAUAUGCGACGACUUGAGCAGAUCACAACGGCCAUCCACAACUUACGCCUCCGACUUCCUGCGAGUGGAGAGUUGGUGGAGCACGCCGGACAGCUUGUCGAGUACUUGCAGGACCUGCAACGAGACUUACACCUUCAAGCACCCGAUCAAGCGUUCGCACGAUUGCAACCGCUGAGAGAUCUUAUCUUUUGGCUGCCCGCCCAAAUCCUCCGAUCAUCCGAAUCUGACCUGGCUCCUCUGGCUCUGCUCUCGCAUCUCUAUGCAACCGCUCUCGCAACUGAGCCUCUAUUUCCUGAAAUUGGUGGCGCAUAUCUGGGUAGUAUGUCGGUAGCUUCGUUGGAGAACGUCCACGAGGUUCUCCGGGCCAGAAGGGCCACGCAGCCUCACGAUACAGGCGUGCAAGUGGCGCUGUCGCUGAUUGAGAUCCCCGUCCAGAUCUUGACAUCGUACCGGUUACGACAACGGCACAACAGCCAUACCACCAGUCAAGAGGUCGGGCUGUAUCGAUACUCGCCGCAAGGCAGUCCUUUCAUGACAUCGCACAUGCCGCUGUCUUCUUCCACAAGCGACACUUCCACGCCGCCAGUUUACACUAAUUCGCCUCUCCAUGCUCCCAGCCACCAAGGCGGGCUAUCGAUCCCGAACUCGGCAUAUUUCCAGGCCGCGCUGGGGCCUAGCAGCGAGCUACGACGGGAACCUUCUUUCCCUUCCAUCGCACGCGCAAAUUCGUGGAGUGAACGGCGUCGAAUGGGCUCCGGUAGUCCGCAGGCUAUGGGGAUGAUGUAUAGCUCUUCAGCAUCAGUGCAACAGCCGCGGAGCAGCCACGAGAUGUCAGUGGCCGGGUCGAAAAUGGACUAUUUUGGACAGGUCCAAGCACCGUACAACCCAUACGGCAGCACAGACAUCAAUGCUCGGUUCGUCAUUCCUUCACAACUCUCGACUUGA